UGCCCCUUGGUAGUAGGCAUCACACAGCAGGACGCGGAGGGCUGUGAUCGGCGGCGAUGGACGACCACAGCUUGGACGAGUUCCGCCGGCGCUGGCAGGAGGAGCUGGCCCAGGCCCAGGCGCUGAGGAAGCGGCGGCAGCCUCGCGGCGCCGAGCGGCGGCCUCGGCGGCCCGAGGUGGCCCCCGGACACGGCGAGCAGGCCUCGGGGUACCUGGCGCUGGCCCAGGGCCUCUUAGAGGGCGCGGGGCGGCCCCCGGCGGCGCGGGCGACCAGGGGUGAAAGGCAGGACGUGGCGAGCCGCUCUCGUUCCCCUCAGGCCCGAGAGGGCGCCGGGGGCGGGGACCAGCUGGUGGACCAGCUCAUCCGAGACCUGAAUGAAAUGGAUGAUGUGCCCUUCUUUGAUGUCCAGCUGCCUUAUGAAUUGGCAAUUAAUAUAUUUCAGUAUCUUGACCGGAAAGAUCUGGGAAGGUGUGCUCAGGUGAGCAAGACAUGGAAGGUGAUUGCAGAAGAUGAGGUGCUCUGGUACAGACUGUGCCAGCAGGAAGGGCACCUUUCCGAGAGCAGCAUCUCUGAUUACUCUUGCUGGAAGCUCAUGCUCCAAGAGUGCCGAGCCAAGGAACACAUGUUAAGAACCAACUGGAAGAAUCGCAAAGGUGCCGUGAGUGAGCUGGAACAUAUUCCUGAUGCAGUUUUAUGUGAUGUACAUUCUCAUGAUGGGGUUGUCAUUGCUGGAUAUACAUCAGGGGACGUGAGGGUGUGGGACACACGCACCUGGGACUACAUAGCCCCCUUCCUGGAAUCAGAGUAUGAGGAGGACGAGCCUGGAAUGCAGCCAUAUGUCUCCUUUGUGAGGAUAAACAGCUCGCUAGCGGUGGCGGCUUAUGAGGAUGGAUUUCUUAAUAUUUGGGAUUUAAGGACUGGAAAGUAUCCUAUUCAUCGCUUUGAGCACGAUGCAAGAAUACAGGCACUAGCCCUCAGCCAGGAAGGUGCAACUGUUGCCACAGCUUCUGCCUUUGAUGUCAUAAUGUUAUGUCCCAAUGAGGAGGGAUAUUGGCAAAUAGCUGCAGAAUUUGAAGUUCAGAAAUUGGUUGACUACCUUGAGAUAGUUCCAGAUACUGGAAGGUACCCUGUGGCAAUAGCCACUGCUGGAGAUCUGGUAUACCUAUUAAAAGCCGAAGACUCUGCUAGGACCCUCCAUUAUGUCUACGGCCAGCCUACCACAUGUCUUGAUGUCUCAGCCAACCAGGUGGCUUUUGGAGUGAAGAGUUUGGGAUGGGUGUACGAAGGAAACAAGAUCCUGGUGUACAGUCUGGAAGCAGAACGCUGCCUCUCAAAGCUGGGUAAUGCGCUUGGUGACUUCACAUGUGUCAACCUCAGAGACAGUCCUCCCAAUCUGCUGGUCAGUGGCAACAUGGACAGGAGGGUGAGGAUCCAUGACCUCCGCACUGAUAAAAUUGCCCUGUCACUCUCUGCCCACCAACUUGGAGUCUCUGCAGUCCAGAUGGAUGACUGGAAAAUUGUCAGUGGGGGCGAGGAAGGCCUCGUCUCAGUGUGGGAUUAUCGAAUGAACCAAAAGCUGUGGGAGGUGCAUUCUCGGCACCCGGUCCGCCACAUCUCAUUUAACAGCCACAGCCUCAUCACAGCAAACGUGCCCUAUGAGAGGGUGGUAAGGAGUGCUGAGCUGGACAACUUCACAACUCACAGGAGACACCGGGGGCUGAUCCAUGCCUAUGAGUUUGCAGUGGACCAGUUGGCCUUCCAGAGUCCCCUUCCCAUCUGCCGCUCAUCCUCUGAUGCCAUGGCUGGUUACAACUAUGACCUGGCACUUGCUUUCCCCUAUGACAGUGUUUAGGGAGUAAUGAACUUGAAAACUACAGCAGAGCUCUGCACUGCAUUUUCAUCAUUUGGGGGAAGAAAGCAACACCAGGGUACGUUUGUGUGACACCACACAUUCCUGAUUUGCUUCCCUUUUCUCCUUUACCAGCUCAUUUUUCCCUAGCUCUUGUGAGUGGUUAGAGUUUGCUGCACCUUGUUUUAUCUUACUCUGGUCUGUCUCACUGGGUUGUCUGUGAUCCUCUGUCUGAUCAUUCAGAUUUCUCUCAUACACCCUCCACCUGACAUCUCCUCCUUCUCAGCCUGUCCCAGUGAGUGAUGCCACCCCUGACCUGCACAAGGUGAUCCUGGAGUUCACGCAUCACUCUCAGCACCCCAGACCAAGCUAGGUACCUUGUGGUUCUCCCAUCUGAUUGCCACACCUCUUCAGAGGUGGUCCGGAGUCAUCACCACUUCACAAGGCUCAUCUGUGUCCGUUCUGCUUUCGUAUUCUGUGCUCCAGCCCUGCUGGCCAUCUUUUCAGUCUCCAAACUCUUUCUACUUUUGGGGCCUUUGGAUGUGCCCGUCUAUGGGCCUACAAGGCCCCAGCAUCUACCUAUUCUUUGCCUUUCAGUCCAAUUGUUUCUUUUGUACAGCAGUGCUUUUAUUACAUUUACCACUGUUUAUAUUCAUUAAUUUGUUGCUUACACUUGUGUCCACAUUUAUAUAAAUGUUCACUGAAUAAAAACCAUUCUAAGUAUGGAGUGGAUAGUGAUUCUGCAGCAGUGGAUGAGUGAAAAGAGGAUUUGUCAGAGGAGGAACCGUUAUCUCAAGACUGCGUGAUAAAACAGGGCAGUGUGACAGCACUGCUCAGCAUUCUUACUUCUGUCUCCAGAGUGCUAAGCAUUCUUUUAGGCACUGGCAGCUUGUACCUUAUGUACUGUACCUUCAAAAUGUCAAAGCAAGAAAUGAAAGAACUACAAAGAGAAAAAACAGUCCAUACUGCUAGUGGGUGAUCAAAGGAUCAAAUCCAUAAAAAACAGGAUUUCCCUUAUUAACAAGUUUGACCCAAUAGAUGUAUAUAGAAUUUUGUUCACUCUCAAAUACCCAGAACAUGCAUACAAAAAAGCAAAAUAAUAAAAACAUACACCUGGAAAUUCAAAACAAAAUUAACACUUCUGAAUUAACUUUGGUUUAAAUAGGUAAGGUAAAACAGAAAAUACAAACUCUCUAGACCCAAAUGACAGCACUCUGAAUAUCAGAAGCCAGGGAAUAUGGCCAGGAGAUGGAGAGAUGUUAUGACUUUAAUAGGAAAUAUAAAGAAACAGAGCUAUCACCUCAGAAAGCUUUAAAAAAAAAAAAAAAAGUGAUCCCGAGGAAAAUAGAAAAUCAACAAAUGUAAAGUUAAUUUUAGCAGUUUUUUUUUUUUUUUUAGUUUUCAGGAUGGGCUGUAUUAUUAAGAAAUGUCACUAUUUACACUUUUUUAUUGAUUUUCCAAACUGGCUGAACACUGCCUCCUACUGCAGAAUAACCUAGAAAAUAGAGGAAAAGCAGUUUUUUUAAAGGACAAACUAUACAAUCCUUGACAAGAAAGAAGGCAUAAGGGAACAUCAGGAGAAAUAGGGGGCCAUCCUUGGAUAGAGGAUAAGUACUUCCAGCCUGGGAAUUAUUUGCCCACGCUGAUUAAGGAGGAAAAACUAAGCUUAUCUAUCAAAGUAUAUAAAAUUGGGACAGCCAAGUCUAGAACUUUUGAGUUGUGAGGGCUUUGGACGAUUUUUCAGAUUGCUUAAGCUCUUCAGUCAUUUAAAAACUGCCACCCACAUCCAACGAUAAAGGACAGUGAAGCCAGAUGGAGAGCACAACUGGGAAGUGUCGGACCUCAAAGCAACAGAACAUGCCAAACUCCGACUACCUCCCUGGGAAGGCAGAGCAGCUGCAGGACCCUCUGUUUCCUUUCAGUGAAGCCAGUCUUGGGUUAGCAAAUGAAAUACUUUAUGUACUCUUCCUGUCAUUGGUGUCUGAUCCUCUGGUGACCUCGCCUUAUAAGGUUUCAGCCAAGUGUAUGCUUUUCCUCUCAUGUCUUAAUGCAACCAGACCACUGAGUAAAAUACAUUUUUCUUUUCUAGAAACAACUCAGCUGUUUGAUUUCACAUUUCAUUUUGCAAGUACAUGCCCCCUUCCUACCCUUGCAGCAAUUAAAAAUAAUUUAGGGGUUUAAAAGAAAUCAGACCCAUAAAAUUUUACUACAAUUAAAAAUAAACCCCCAACCCAAGUUCCCAAGUUUUAAGCUGUUGUUGUGCACUGCCAAAAGCUGGUCCAGCAGGAAAUUGUUACAAGCACAGUUUUUUUUUUCCAACCCAUGAAAACUUGCCUGAAUCUUGCCAAUGAGAAUAUAUGAGACCCAAACUAUAUAACCUUUAAGCACACCAACCUAAAACUUAACAUCCUGAAAGAAAUCGCCAUAAUGGGGAAGGAUAAACGUUCCUUCAUAAUUCAGUGACAUUUACCAACUGCUUAAAAAAAAAAAAAUCUUGGUCCAUGUGCAUCCCUUCUCCUGCUCACACCACCUUACCUUCACAUCUGUUGGCUACUUUGAAGGAGCGUCUUAAGUUUUAACUGAGUUUCUGGCAGAUUUGUCUAUCAGCUUUUCUUCUUUAGCUCUUCUGCUUCUCACACUCUUCUACCACAGUCUCCCCUAAAGACAGAAUAUGCCAUGGAGGGAACUGGAGGCUAAAACCUCAGAGAUCAUGUGUCCUAUCUUUAAAAAUAUUGUAUGACUUUGGCUUUGUACUUUAUUAUAGAUCCAUUUUUGUUCUAACAUUAAAAUUUCUUAACUUAUUGUUCAGAUUAUUUUUUCCAUGUACCCCACAAUCUCCUGGAUAGCACUUGGUCAUCACUCACCUCCCCCGUCUUAGUAGCCUUCAGUCCUUACCUCACAUGACUUGUUUUGCAGGCUGAGGUUGCAUCAUUAUUUCCAGAACCUUAGUCCAGGAUUCAAGACACCCACAAAAUGCUGUGUGAAAUUGUGCACAGAGCAUUUUCUGAGAAGUAGCAUGGUAUCUUUCAUCAGAUUCUUGAAGGGGACCACAGGCCCCCUGAGGAUUUCAUCUCUGCCACUUGAUUAUGUUUUUCAAUCCAAGCCGUAGGUGCUGCCUAGGCAAUAUUCACAUUUAAAAGAUUCUAGAGAAGGCCUCACCUUCCCCUCCAAGUUGAAAUCUCAUCCUGGCUGUCUGCUUGGCUUUCAGCUGAUCAAAAGAAAAACUGAAUUUCCUUAUGGUGGAAGUUUUGGUCCUUUCUGAAAGGAAAAACUGGCAACCCCAAGACAAAGUACUCUACCUCUCCUCAUCCCAUGAGGAGUAUAGGCCCCAAGUUAAGGGAGUGGCACUCCCACUGGACACGGUAAAUAACAAAUAAUGACCCUUGCAAAUACACUUUUCUCGCAGCUGUGGAAACAUGGCUUUCUGCUGCUGCAGCCCCAGCCUUCCAAGUCCCCUUCACAUCAUAACUGUCUGGUGCCUGCUGUUAUGGGCAAGAUCUGAGACAGUCGGCUUAGAUGGUGGCAGUCUCCUCCUCUCCUACCUGGGGCCUCACUUUGGACAGCAGCUGCAGUGGCAGUGAACAAGCCAUGCUGGCUGCAUGGGCUGUGGCGCCAUGGGCCACGCAAACCUGCUGCCUCGCCUCACGCGGCCAGGCCAGAUGGCUACCUGGCUGUGGCCACAAGGGCCGGGAGCAAUUUGGAAGGGGCCUGCCUCUUAAUGUAUGAUGGUCGACUCCCCCUUGCUGGGCUCCAGAGGGUGCCGUGGGGGGCCAGCUCACUUCCAGCCUCCGCCUGUGCUGGCUUCCAGUGGUGGGCAUCUGCCUGCUCUGCACUAGGGACGACUCUGUCCCCGAGCUGAACCUCUCAUGCCACCUCUCUUCUUCCCUUGUCCAGUACUAGACAAGUGCUGCCUGGUCACUUUUAGAAGAUGGAGGGGGUGAGCUGCUUUCAACACACCCCUUGACCUUACUACAUGAACCAUUCUUAGGGUGCUGACAUUUUCUCUUUAACACCUUGAGACUGGUCCCUUGCUAACUUGGUCAACAGGCCAUCAGAAGGCCGGGCAGCCACGGUGUUCCCAUCAGAAUCUUCAGUCUGCCUCCUGGGGGCAGAGUUCAUCCACCAGCAACCCCCCUGCUGGCACGUGCUCAAUGAUUUUGGAAGAGCUUGGAGACAGAGGUGACGCUGAUGCUCUGGCAACCUACCAUUAAAACACCGGUUCCUCCUACACCACUCUCAGUGGCCUUCCCAAGGUCGCUGUGUGGGAGGACAGCCUGUAAGGCAGGUAUCUGCAAAACCCUUGCCAAGGCAACUUGUAUUUUUAACUCCCCAUCAGCCUAGUUAAGUCACACUGUGUUGUUUCCAUCACUGCAGAGUUUACCCUCAGCCUUGGUAACUGCUGGCAGGACAGGUCCGACUGCUCAGUGACAAGACUCAGAUCCACAGUUGACCUGUCUCCCAUUAGCAAAGCAGAAAAAAACUUGCCAGUCUCUUUGACCAGAAAAUAAUGCAAUUGUUUUGUUGAAGUCUAGCAAUAAUUUGUUCCUUAAGGGGGUGCUUGGCCAAACUUGGAAGCUGUUGUCAUCUUACUCUGUUCCCUUAUCCAUAAUUCAUGUUUAAUGUGGCUGCAGAACGUCUCCCCUGAGCUUCUCAUAUUAGAUUUCCAUUACAUAGCCCUUUUGUAAACCGACCAAAUGAAUGUGCUUGACUCAAAUUGCCAUAUUCUUUUAACAUUCAAAAGCUGAGCGCUGUCAUUUUUCCCCUUGGUAGUAGGACAAUACAGGACUAGAUUCCCCUUUCUCCCUGGUUCCUGGCAAAUCAGUGAAAGAAUAUGGAAAGAGAGGGAGAGGGGCCUUGCUAGGGUCGUCCAGCAAGCUGAGGAUGCUCUCCCUGCUCCGACUUCUCCAACCACAACCUAUGGCCCUCAAAGCCUGUCCCUAUAUUAACUGCCUUUGAAUAUUUGACUUCAUUUUUAUUUGUGCCUAUUUCCUUGUAGUCACUAGUAUAAUUUCUGCUAGAAGGAAGGCUGUUAAAGCACCUGAUGGAUUUAUCACUUACCUGUUUUACAAUAAAUUUCAGAACCAAACAUGUCA